AUGGAAAAAAAAAGAAAGAAAGCGAACCCGUUUACGAUGGAGAACGUACAACGCCGCUGUUCCGAAAACCAAGCAAAAAUUGCAAGCGUCAAAAAUCAUUUCCAUGCUUUGCGCGAUACAUGCUUGUCGGAUUUCCUUCAUGUCGGUCUUGACGAAGAAGAAGCGAUAGUUUUGUUGGCGACGAAGCUCACAACAAACGGAGUAGUAGCUUUGCGAAAUGCUGUGUGUUUUGUACCAAACAAUAUCAUGUCGCAACCUCGGGGUUGUGCAGUUGGGCUACGUCGCACAGCGCUCAUCCAUCAAGUGUUGUCGAAAUCGCAACCUUUGCCGUUUGCUACUAUGACGAAGAAAGAUCUCGACUCAUAUUUAACCUUUUUUGAAAGCCACUGUCGUCAAUUCAUUGCUUCGAAUUCGCUAAACAAGGAGCACAUUUUUGGUGCAUUUCAGAAAGCCAGCGGCGGUCUGUUGGCAUCCAUGUUUUUAUCUCCGCCUGUAAAUUCCUGUCUGAGUUGUGACGGCGGCCUGACGAUGCACAAUUCACCAUCAAGUGCAAGAUUAUAUGGCAUGAGUGGUCCAGUUGCUGUAUCGAAAGUGACACUCGAAUGCAAACAUUGUGACAUUAAAUAUGGUAUCACCAAAUAUUCCAGCAAGGAUGGGUCCAGAUACUAUCCAAAACAUGUGGCUGAUAACAUCACUGUAGUGGAGGUCACCAAUUGCACAUACAUGCAUGUUGAUUUGUACAUGUGGAUUCCAUCUUUAAGGUAUGACUUCUUGUGCAAUUUCAUUUUUUUGCUUAAUACUUAGUAACCCACAAAUACCUGACAACAUGUCAUCACUGUAGUGGAUGUCAUCACUGUAGGUCUACAUACAUCAUAUUAAAUUAAUUACAUGUGUUUUAACAAUUAUAUUUAUACCUCUGUUCAUUUAAAAAACAAAACAAGGAAAACUACCGUGCUCACUUCGGAUGAAAACAUUGACGAAAAGCUGUGACACACUUUGCUUUUAUUGCAGAUAGUUUUUCGUUGUAAAUACAAAUGGGGGUCGCACCUGGAAUUGACUGAUACAUUAGUAUCCAACUAAUACCGAGGUUGUCAACUCACAAAUUAAAACAAUACUUUGCCCUGUGUUCUCCCUAUUUUUCAGUUUUUACAGCUUACUUUUUGUUAUUUAAUGUAAUUAUUAUUUUUAAUAUACUAGUAAUCAUUCCUGGGUAUCCUUCAGUGGGUUUUCUGAAACUUACAAUGAGGUGUAUCACAAAGAAAUUGAGGUGUACAGAAGUAAGUAA